AUGGUCAGUAUUAACAAGAAAGCGGUGGCUCUGAUAGUCAUUGCCUUUUUCUUUUUAAUUCUUGAGAAGCAAGUAGAAGCGUCUCGAUUACGGCAACUGCUGAUACUACAACACCUCAAGAAAGUGAGGCGAAAACGGAUGAUUUUACUCCAACUUAUGCAGCGAAAUAGCAGGCGAGCGAGACGUGCUUGGUCCUGGCCAAGGAACCAAUUCUGGUUCGAAAACCUACUAAACGGGUCUUUUGUCGAAGAUUGGUGGAAGGAGAACUUCCGAAUUACAAGACGUACCUUUGAGUUUAUUAUCCGUGUGGCUGGUCCGGAGAUGGCGAAGAAAGACACCAGACUGCGGCAAUGUAUCCCAGUGCACAAGAGAGUAACGGUAGCAUUAUGGCGGCUAGCAACGGGCGACACAUACCGAUCUACAGGACUACAAUUCGGUAUUGGACGGUGCACGGCCAUGUUGAUAAAACAGGAUUUUUGCAAUGCUAUUGCUAAACGUGCUAAAGAACUAACCAAAUUUCCAGAAACCGAACAAGAGGUGCUACAAAGUAUUAGAUUGUUUACAAACAAGUCUCCAUUUCCCCAAGUAGUAGGGCUAUUGACAGUUGUCAUAUUGCUUUGGAGACAGUGCCUGUGGACGAGCGAAUUGAUUACUUCAACCGAAAGCAAGAAUAUUCAGUUGUGA